UUUACUUUUGCUGAGGAUCGUAUGUACAUUUCAAUAUCCGACUACACAUUCUAUGACUAUGAGUUGGCAGACAGUUGAAGAUCAAUAUCUCAGAGACAACAAAUUUUUCGCGCAGUUAGUCGGUGUGUGGCCAUAUCAGGAAAGGUUCACUAAAUUUUCUAUACGGCUUGUUAUAUUUGUUUUAGUCAUUAUUGCCCUUGCAACCCAGGCAUCUCGGGUAAUAGUAUCUUAUAGUAUAGACGCGCUGAUGGAUGAAGUGGUGUAUCUAGUUAUAACUGUAACAGUUCCAAUUAAACAGUAUAACUACAUCCUGAAUGAGAAGAAGCUGGAAGAACUUUUAAGAGAAAUUGUGUUCGAUCAUCUGAUGGAACGACCGAAGAAGGAAAUGGAAAUUUUGGACACAUACUACAGGAAGGCGCUAAUAUUUUCUUUUAUAUAUAAAGCCAGUAUAUCCACAUCAGCCUUGACGUUUAUCCUCAUACCGGCCAUACCACCUAUUUUGAACAUCAUAGCUCCCCUGAACGAGUCACGGGGCCGCGAAUUCGUCUACCCCGCUUAUUUUUUCGUUGAUGAACAACGAUAUUAUUAUCCUAUACUGGUGAAUAUGAUAAUAUCAGCACUAGUACUUGCGUCUGUAUAUAUCGCCUGUGAUGUAAAUUUGAUACAUCUCAUACAUCAUGGGUGUGCUUUGUUGGCCAUCAGCGGAUAUCGUUUCAAGCACGCGUUAGACGAUGUGAAUCUAUAUGAUGAAAAGUACAACGAUGCGUUAAUGCAUGAAGCUUACGCGAAGGUGUGCCGAUCUAUCGAAGGUCACAAAAGAGCUGUCGAAUACGUGGAGAAAAUCGACGCCUGCUACGUGCAUUAUUUCUUCGUACUAUUGGGCAUAAUAAUCACAGCAUUCACAUCUACUUUUAUUAGGUUAUCGACGAUGGAAAUGGAUACCAGAUACUUCACGUUUUGUAUAUUCACUUUUGCGCAACUGGUCCAUCUGUUAUUUCUGACGAUUAUGGGUCAAAUUGUGGAAAAUUCCAACAACGAAGUUUCUCAUAAAAUAUACGAAGCCAAUUGGUAUACUGGUUCAUCGAGAACGCAGUUAUUGUACGUACUGGUGUUGCGAAAAUGUUUAAAUCCACCUGCGCUAUCAGGUGGAGGAUUGGUCCCUUUAAAUUUGUUCAGCUUCGUGCAGGUUCUCAAAGCAUCUUUUUCGUAUUUCACAGUUUUUAGGUCUGCAUAAUUCGAAGAGAAAGUAAUUCGGACUGCAAGCUUUAAUGUACUUAGACAACUGACGUUA